CAUCGAAACAUGUCAUCUUGGUCUGGCUUUGUCUGCUUUCUUUGCAUCUUGGUCAUCAACAAUCUGCUCCUGGAAACGUUGGCCAUGGACAGCGAAAUCGUAGAGGCUGAAACUGGUGCACUCAAUGCAGCUGACCCGAAUGAAGCCAUGCAGAUAAGUUUGGAGGAAAUGUGGAGCCCUAAUGGAGCGAUGCAGGUGCAGCCCUACAACAUCCUGGAGGCCAACUGCCCGCUGGGCUAUGUCCUGGCCAACAAACAUUGUCAUAAGCGAGCCUAGAAAUGUAAAAUAAAUUAUAUG